UCCAAUAACCAAUGCGCUAAUGUAAAGCUAGUCUAAAAUAGACAUCUGUAGCUUUUAUUUUGUUUAUUUUUGUUGUAAAAAUGCUUAUGGGGUGCUGCGUGGUCGGCUAUACAAUCAGACCAGGAUGCAAACCUAACUUGUCAUUUUACUGUAGGCUAUAACUUUUAGUGAGGAAAGAUGGCGGCGAUGGAAAGCAGCCGUUAGUCAUAUGACGACACGGUGGAAUCGCGGCUCUAUAGCGAACACUUUUUACAAGCAUCUGAAGGAUUAUGUAACGGCUGGCCUGCACCGUCCCGCCUUGUCUGCACCUGCUUCACGGGCCUGGCUCUGCUCAGCACGCUGGCUCCACGUGAGGAGGCUGCAGCCAGAUGGGACGCCUCGUCACGCCAUCCCUCCAGGCUCUUGAGGUUGGACUGUCGUUCCCCACAAACGACUCUCCCAGUACUUUUCCUUUUGUAAGGAGGGAUAAAUGGGAGGGUGUGAGGGAGACGGAUAAAUGUGUGAAUGUCCACGUCGGCGCCACAUUCAACAGUUUCCAGGAUGGAGUUCAGAGGAUUUUCUGUUCUGCUGGGCGUCUUGCUGCUCAUCCACUGCUCACUGCAGCAGCAGACUGCAAUCAAGAAGAAACCGGUGAAGAAAGAUACGUUGCGGGAUGCUGCUGUGGUGGCGCUGCAGAAACAGAUUGAUGAAAUCAUUCAGGAUCUCAACCUGCUGAAGGAAAAACAAGCUCUGCAAACAGUUUGUUUAAAAGGUGAAAAGAUCCAUGGGAAAUGUUUCAUGGCCGACCCCCUGAAGAAGCGCUACCACACUGCCAGUGAGGACUGUAACUCCCUGGGCGGCGUCCUGGCUACUCCCGCCUCCGCCGAGGAGAACAACCGGCUCCGGGACUACAUUCGUCAGACCGUCGGCUCGAACGGUGAGGUCUGGCUCGGCGUCAACGACAUGACCACCGAGGGCCAGUGGAUGGACCAAACCGGCUCCACCGUCACGUACAAAAACUGGGACACGUCCAACUUCAGGGCUCCUCAGCCGGAUGGCGGCAAGUCGCAGAACUGCGCCGCCAUGUUGUCGACAGAUGGGAAGUGGCUCGAUGAGAACUGCCGCGACGAAAAGCCCUCAGUCUGCGAGUUCAACAUAGUUUGAGCCAGAGGUGUAAAGUAAAAAAGUAAAAGUACUCAGUUACUUUACUAACGUAGAUUUUCAGAUACUUGAGUACUUAUCUUACUUCUACUCCUUACAUUUCAAGAGAAAUAUCUGUACUUUCUGCUCUUUAUAUUUUCACAUAGGAUGAAAAAGAAAUCCACCGUUGGCACAAAAAGUGUUAAAACGUCAAUAUUUCACUAAUCAGCUGGAUACAAAGAAAGUAAAGCAGAAGAACCCAAGAGAAAAACAUGGAUGGAGACUUUAAUCCAGGAGUUUCCAAAUUGUGGCCCUUGCCAUGAUUUUGUGCAGCUCUUGGCAGCUCAAAGAUGCCGUGAAAUAUUCACUGCCUUUCAAAAACAGUACAUAGGCUUCUGUAGAAAAGCAAGCAACUGAAAUUGCUUUCAGUUUGACAGUUUUUGACUUUAGGUAAAAAGUUUGGACACCAGUGCUUUAACCUGAAAUACAUCAUGAACAAUAGAGAAAUACAUUUGCAGACGCAAAGCAAUCUCCGUCUGCAGCCAUAUUUUAAACAUCCUUCAAUGUUGUUGACUCGAACGAUUAGUUACAAAUCCACUGCUUUGUGCAUUUAAAUCACCCAAAUUAAGAUUUUGUUUUUAGAAAAACUAGACCGAAUCAGUAUUUUUAUCUUUAUACCAACACAGAGCAUGUUGUAACAUAUUUUGUACGACUAAAAGUUCUACCUUUUUACUUUUACGUGAGUAAAACAGUCCAGCCUUUACUUUUAAUACAGUAUUCUUUCGUACAAGUAUCUGUGCUUCUACUUGAGUAGACUGUGAGUACUUUUACCUGCUCUGGUGUGACCCUGUUUAUCUUAACAUGGGCCCUGAACUUUGUUUUAGCUGCUUUGUGUUUGCACUUUCCCUGCUGCCUUCUACUCUAAAGACCAGUUUAAACCAGUGAUUUUCAGCUGCAUCCUGACCAAUGAGAUGUGGUGGUCACAGUGGGUUUUAUUUUUGACAAAAGUGAUGUGCUGGUAUGUCAUUUGCAGCGUUCCUUGUGGUUGCAGUGAAACCAGGAGGAAUACAAUUCAUUCUAUUAAAAAAAACAAAAAACAGUUAAAUGCAGUUAAGAUGGUUUAUUUAAUACUAAUUGAGCAAAAUAUGAAUAAAGGUGCUGGCAUCUUUCCUGGAAUUAAAAUAUUGGUUAAGCAUCACGUUUUGUUUUUUUUAAUUUACUGAAUCAAUUGUCUGAGAACCGCUGGUCUAAACAUUACUGCAUUUAAAUGAAAAGACAAAAAUUGAGCAAAAUUGCAAUUUUUUGAAAGCAAAUUGACCGUUUAUGUACUAAUUCUGUGUUCUUCUGUAAUAUCUUGUGUGAUUUAUUCUUUCAAUAAACUCUGAAUAUCAA